ACUGUUCUGCUUUUUUGCAUUAGCUUCACACUUCGCAGAAGUUUAUUAAAAAAUUUUGAUUUGAAGUUUUCUACUACAAUUUGUACGGUUUUUGUGAAGAAUACAAAUAAAAUCCAACCUUAGUAAUCAAUGAAGUCAUACUUAAAUUCCAGCUGUCAAUAAAAAAUUUACAUAGUAUAAUUUGCAAAUCAGCUAUUUGGGGUUUUUUAAGUUAAUAUAAAAAUUUUAAAAGAUUUCAUUUUUAAAAAGGCCAAUAGAAAUGCAGGGUUCUCCUGAUGCUAAAAAGCCUUGUAAAGGAAUUUUGAAAACAUCAAGUAGUUUUGAUAAACAUAGCGGAGCCAGUCAUAGAAAAAGUGCGAAAUUUGACGAAAUAAAUGUUUUACAAACAUAUCAUCCACCUGAUAAGGAUUAUGGACACAUGAAAAUAGAGGAGCCAAAAACGCCAUACAAUUAUGUUGAUCCUGAUGAAGCAAGUGGCGAUCAAUUAGAUGCAGAGCUCUUAGCCAAAAAACUUGCUGAAGCAGCUAAUACAAGAACGUCUUCCUUUGAGGUUGAAGAGUCAUCCGACGAAGAUUUAAAUGAAACAGAAGAAGAAAAGGUACGCCGAAUAGAAUUUGAAAAGCGACGUAAAGCUCAUUAUAAUGAGUUUGCGGCUGUAAGAUUAGCAAGAAAACUAAUAGAAGAAGAAGAUGAUGAUGAUGACGACGAUACUAAGAAACAUGGUAAUGAUUCGAAAUCUAAUACCCCUUCUGGUUCGGGUAAAAGCAGGGCUAGUAAAAGAAUGGAUGUGGAAGAUGAAAAGGAAGAUGCUCAAAACACCUCGCCCUGUUCAGAUAAUUAGAAUCUAACAUUAAAUCAUCAUACAAACUAUAUUUAAAAAUAUAAUAAUAUGAUCAAAAAAUGUUGCUUAUAUUUUAAUUAUUAGUUAUUUUUAGACAUAAAAAGAAAUAUUCAAAACGAAAAGGAAACUGAUUUUAAUGUUUAUUUAUUUGAACUUUACAAGACUUUUUCAUAAUAAAAUAAUAAGUAAUUUAGAAAGAUAAAAAACAAUAAAUCAUCUCUAAACUCAAUGAUACAAAAUUAUUUAACGCAAUUACAACAUAAAAAAAAAUUUGCAAUCAUUUUUAUAUAAUUUUUUAAUAAAAAUAUUUUGUGAUUUUUUUUAAAGGAAAAUAAAAAGUAAAUUUAUUAUUUUCUAAAAGAAUAAAAAAAUAAAAAUCAAUUUUAAAGUUAGUAGCUAAUAUUAAAUUAAAAAAAAAUAUCUAUUAAAAAAAUAAAAGGAAAAAAUGAUUACAAAUACAAGUCCAAGUCCAUUAAUUUUCUUCUAAAGUAGUAGACACUAGUGUGCCACAUAAUGUUAUUUAUUAUACACGACGAUAAUAAAUCAAAAAACAACAAAUUUUUCUGAUUGUUACAUAACAUUUUUAAUUAAUUGUAAUAUGAAUAAGUAUAUUUUAAUAAUAAUUAAGAUUAAUAUACAUAACAUAAUUAUCAUAAUUAAAUAAAUAUAAUUUAAUUAAUGAAAUGCAUAUUUUUUUUAACAUUUAUUUGAUAAAUUUCAAAAAUAUGUUUAAUGAAUUUCUGAAGAGUCCACUAUUAUUAAAAUGAAAAAAUUGAGAAAAAUUUAAUUUAUUUAGGUCUGGAACCUACAUUCA